AUAGGACCAUGCAAGACAUUGUUUACAAACUGGUACCAGGCCUGCAAGAAGCGGAGAUGAGGAAGCAGAGGGAGUUCUACCACAAGCUCGGCAUGGAGGUGCCUGGGGACGUCAAGGGGGAGACGUGCUCCGUGAAGCAGCACGUAGAUUCCCAUCGGAACGGUGAAACCAAAGCGGAGGACAGUCCCAACAAGGAGGCGGCCGAGGAGAAGCAGGAGGAGGACAACGACUACCACCGGAGCGACGAGCAGGUAAGCAUCUGCCUGGAGUGUAACAGCAGCAAACUCCGGGGCUUGAAGCGCAAGUGGAUCCGCUGCUCGGCCCAGGCCACCGUCUUACACCUAAAGAAGUUCAUCGCCAAAAAGCUGAACCUCUCGUCUUUCAACGAGCUGGACAUCUUAUGCAACGAGGAGAUCCUGGGCAAGGACCACACCCUCAAGUUCGUCGUUGUCACCCGGUGGAGGUUCAAGAAAGCCCCGCUGCUACUGCACUACAGACCCAAGAUGGACCUGCUCUGAGCGCGGGCCUCGGCCACACCACGGACUCUGCCCGCCCCGGGCACCCCAAGGACCCACCACACGGGGACCAGACUUCUGAAUAGAGAAUAUUUAUAACUUUUUGUACGAGAGAGAAUUCACGACUCAGCCCGACACUACCAGCACCGUGUUUACAGACGACGAAGACACUUCACAGCCCUCGUCGCCGAGAGCCCCCCUGCCCUGCCUGCGCCGGGCAGCGGCGUGGCCCCCCUGGAAGGAGCGCGUCUCCACACCGACCACCUUUGCUUGCUUUCCAGGUCUUGACCAGAGUCUCCGUUUGUGUCCGUUCGGUCUCCAGGAGUUAGGGUUCACGCCAAGCCUCCAGAACUCCCACAUGCUUUGACGGACUCCUUCCUAAGUUAUUGGACAAGACCCCUCUUCACGGUGAACCAUGCUAUUUAUGUUGCCUUUAGCCUCCUUGAAGACCUAGAAAUUAUAUAAAAAAAUUUAAUUUAAAAGUA